GUCAACCGCUGGCAGUCCCCUCCUGGCGCGAUUCGAAAGGCUUCCUUCACUUCGGCAUGCGGUCCACGGCGUCUUCACCUGCUAUCGCGCUGCAACGGCGGUCACCUAGAGAACAACGCCAAAAAUGACGAGCGCGUUUGCAGCGCGUUUGUCACAACACAGCCUUACGUGUCUUGACCCUCCUCAAUUCAACCUACGACUACAUACUCACACCAGCUCAAAUUGUAGUCACGCGCCGCAUCCGCAAUGGCUACGUACAAUUCUAACAAGCAUCACAGGUCCAUACUGUUGCCACCGGGCUUAGCCAUCUAUCCACCGGGCGAGAAGGAACAAGAUCACACAAUGGAGGCAUCGUGGGCGCAGGUGCUGGACGAUAUCCAAGGCUCUCCGGGCUACCAGCUUCUCUUCGGCCCAGGCGGCGCCGCCACCAGACCUCCCCGUCCCAACAGUGGCAACCCAUCUACGAGUGCACCCGCGAGUCAUCAAUUUGGAACCGAGCACAGCGAUAUUCCAGCUACAAGUUCACCUACGGGUAUUCAAGUCGCACCCGAGCGCAGUGUGAGCCCAGCAAGCUCACAUGAUUCAGAUGCCACCAUCAAGCCGGGAGGUGUCUUGGAGUCGGGCGGUAUCGCACGCACGCCAACGCGAGCGGAGCCUCAACUAGAUAUGUCGACGUCCCAAGUUGAGAAAACGGAUCGAUCUUCGGUACCGCAACUCAGUGCCUAUGGUCCCGCCUUCGAACCCGCCGCUCAUCCAGCCAGUUUUGCAACCCAAGGCCUUCCGCGCACGCGCAAGGAAGACCGCAUCGCAUCUCACGCCGCUGUCUCGACCCCGCGAUGGUACGCAGGGGCGCUUCGCUCCAAACCCGAGAAUCACUUUGAGCCGUCCCCCUCGUACGCAGUUGGAGUCUCGGAGAUGGGGUCUCCCCUCAAGAACUCGCCCGUGGGAGACACAAUGUGCCGCUUCCACCUUGCUUCACCAGCUCAAAGCGUCGCCCAAACCACGCUGCCCACCCGAGGACCCAUUCCCAUCCACCAGCGUCGCGCAUCCAGUAAAUUCGCCUUCGUCCCGGUGCUUCCAUCUCCCCUUGGGCCUGGCCACUACACAGACGACCUAGGCUCCGAUGGCUCCGGGCUGGUGACUCCCGCACCGAAAACAGCGCCGCUUCCAACGACACGCAGCGCCGGACGAGGCAACAUCACGGCCACUGCUCCAGCCCCACAAGCAGCAGUGCCGUUGGUGUGGGCUCAGAGCACCCCAGGCCCGGGUAUGUACGCACCCUUCGACACGAGAUCCGCCAGCGACCCGUUCGUCGAGCGAAGCGUCCCAGGCCCAUCAACAUCAGCUGGCUUCGCACCACUUCAACGCAGCGUUCCAGGCCCAUCGACCCCCGCUGGCUUCGCAACCCUCCAACGCAACAUCCCAGCACCAAACUCACCCGCCGGCUUUACUCCCCUGCGAUCCAAAGCCAUCACGGCAACGACGCCUUACUUCGCCCGCCCCUUGGCACACACCGACGCACUUCGACACCCCGUGACCGGCCUCUACCCCCACCAGACACCCGUUUCCAUCCCACCCCCUUCUUUCGCUGCCAAUCUCGGCGUCACCGCCCCGCAGCCUUCCUCCAUGCGCCUCGCCGCACGGAAGGAAUGGUUCGACCGCAACACCGCCCGCAUGGUAGCCACAAGCCGCGCCUUCGCCCUUGCCAAGGAAAAGUACGAGGCCUCGGGCCACCCGUCUGACUACACCGCCAUGCUCGCCGCGCAGCAGGCUAUGUCUGAUGCGUGGGAUGGAGACAGGCUGCAGGAGGAGCGCAGGAACUUGACGAUGCCGGAGGGCAUGCGUGCAAUGAGGGUCGAGCAUGCGCGGGACGGCAUGGGUGGCGAGAAGGGUAGGCUCCUGGGUGGCGGAAUGGCGGUCUUGGAGAGGAUUUGUGCGGAGGUUAGGGGCAGGGAGGGGCAGUAUGAGAUGAGAGCGGAGGAGUUGAGCAAGGAGGAGAAGAGGGCGGUGAGGCAGGCGGCUAUGGAGGAUGUGAAGAGGGGUGUUGAGCGGAUGGCCGGUCGGGAGUAGGAACAGGGGGUGGAUACGAGGGGAGAUGAGAUUGGAUGAGAUGAACUCUCUAGCUUAGCUACAAGCAACAACUGUUCAAAAGUGAAGACCAUGUUUUACAGUUCAUAAGGAGAAGGUGCUGUUGUCAGCGAGGCACAUCUAAAACCACGCCAUUCAUUUGCGGUCAGCCUAUUCAAGUUUACUCUCGCCACCUUGCACCCGUGAGUACACACACAAGUAUCGUGUUCCGCAGUUUCCUAGGAUGAAAUGCUGUAUUGAGCCAGGACA